ACCUCUACUGAGCUUUCAAACCAAGUCAUCGGGAGUUAGUAUCUUCCCACCCCAGCAGGGAAGGGAGGAGUUGGCUCACCCAUUCCCUCUGCAAUCCUCUGGUGUGGAGGAGCACUGAAUUUCAGCCAUGACUGACACUGUAUUUAGCAACAACUCUAACCGUUGGAUGUGUCCCAGUGACCGACCUCUUCAGUCAAAUGAUAAAGAACAGCUCCAGGCAGGCUGGUCUGUCCAUCCCAGCAGUCAGCCCGACAGACAGAGGAAACAGGAAGAGCUGACAGAUGAGGAGAAGGAAAUCAUCAACAGAGUGAUUGCUCGAGCUGAGAAAAUGGAAGAGAUGGAGCAGGAGCGAAUUGGGCGCCUGGUGGACCGUCUGGAGAACAUGAGGAAGAACGUGGCCGGGGAUGGGGUAAACCGCUGCAUCCUAUGUGGAGAACAGCUGGGGAUGCUGGGCUCUGCCUGUGUGGUGUGUGAGGACUGUAAGAAGAAUGUCUGCACUAAGUGUGGCGUGGAGACCUCCAAUAACCGCCCACAUCCCGUGUGGCUCUGCAAAAUCUGCAUUGAGCAGAGAGAGGUGUGGAAGCGUUCUGGAGCAUGGUUCUUCAAGGGUUUCCCCAAACAGGUCCUCCCACAGCCUAUGCCUAUAAGGAAGGCCAAACCCCAGCAGCCCGCCAGUGAGCCUGCUGCUCCUGAGCAGGUCACGCCUGAGCCCAAGCAUGCCACCCGGGCUCCAACCCGAGGUCCUGAACUGGCCGCUGCUCCCGGGCGAGGAAGCUAUGGGCCUCCUGUGCGCAGGGCCUCCGAGGCACGAAUGAGCUCAGCCAGCCGGGACUCAGAGAGCUGGGACCAUGGCCACGGUGGAGCUGCGGGUGACUCCAGCCGGAACCUGGCAGGUUUGCGACGGGCCAACUCUGUGCAGGCCUCCAGACCUGCGCCUGCCUCCAUGCAGAGCCCAGCACCUCCUCAGCCCGGGCAACCAGGGUCUCCAGGAGGCAACAAACCCAGCCCAGGGCCAGCGGGACGCUUUCCAGAUCAGAGACCAGAGGUAGCUCCUGGAGACCCUGGCUAUGCCGGGGCCACUGCCCCGCUCCGGGAGGAGAGAACAGGGGGAGUUGGGGGCUACUCAGCACCUGGAGCCAGGGAGGACCGAGCAGGCCCCCCACUGGGCCCUUAUUCCCAAGCAUCUGCUGCUGCUCCCCAGCCUGCCGUGGCCCCUGCCCGCCAGCCCCCACCCCCAGAGGAGGAGGAUGACGAAGCCAACAGCUACGAUUCGGAUGAAGCAACCACCCUGGGUGCCCUGGAGUUCAGUCUUCUCUACGACCAGGACAACAGCUCCCUGAACUGCACCAUCAUAAAAGCCAAGGGACUGAAGCCCAUGGACUCCAAUGGCUUGGCUGAUCCCUACGUUAAGCUGCAUCUCCUGCCAGGAGCUAGCAAGUCCAACAAGCUUCGUACAAAAACCCUGCGGAACACCCGGAACCCUGUCUGGAAUGAGACCCUUGUCUAUCAUGGCAUCACAGAUGAGGACAUGCAGAGGAAGACCCUCAGGAUCUCUGUCUGUGAUGAAGACAAAUUUGGCCAUAACGAGUUUAUCGGUGAGACCAGAUUUUCACUCAAGAAACUGAAGCCCAACCAGAAAAAGAACUUCAAUAUCUGUCUGGAGCGAGUGAUCCCAAUGAAGCGUGCUGGAACCACGGCAGCCCGAGGCAUGGCCCUUUAUGAGGAGGAGCAGGUGGAGCGUAUUGGUGACAUAGAGGAACGCGGCAAGAUCCUGGUGUCCCUUAUGUACAGCACACAGCAGGGAGGCCUCAUCGUGGGCAUUAUACGCUGUGUGCACCUGGCCGCCAUGGACGCCAAUGGCUAUUCAGAUCCGUUCGUCAAGCUCUGGCUGAAACCAGACAUGGGAAAGAAAGCCAAACAUAAGACCCAAAUAAAGAAGAAAACCUUGAAUCCUGAAUUUAAUGAGGAGUUUUUCUAUGACAUCAAACAUAGUGACCUGGCGAAAAAGUCCCUGGACAUCUCGGUCUGGGACUAUGACAUCGGCAAAUCCAAUGAUUACAUCGGAGGCUGCCAGCUGGGGAUCUCAGCCAAGGGAGAACGCUUAAAACACUGGUACGAGUGUCUGAAAAACAAGGACAAGAAGAUUGAGCGCUGGCACCAGCUACAGAACGAGAACCAUGUGUCAAGUGAUUAGGAUGGGCCCCCAGGUCCCCAGCUCCAUGCCCUACCCUUGUCCCAGGUUACCCGCCAGCCUGACCCAGCUGCCCUUCACACUCUGGUCUCUUUUCUCUUUGCCUCCCCCACCCUCUCCCUCCCUGUGCCUGCCUUUGAGGUGCCCCCUGACCUUGGGCACUGCUGCCAAAGACCUUUCUCCACUGUCUGUGAUGCUGUGGCGUGGGCCCUGAAUGCAGCCCCUCUCUGGUCCCUCUAGGAUGGAGCAGUAGGGAGAGGGAUGCAGAGAUUUUCACAAGAGGUUGGAAUUUAACAACCUCUCUGUCUGGGUAAACUGCAAAGGUUCUUUCUUCAUCAUUUAGGACUGUUUUUAGACCCUCCUGGCCUUGAACACACAGACACACACACACACACACACACACACAAACUUGCAUUUCCUGUGUCAUAUCUGUGUAUAUCCUCAGCUGUCAGCAGACCGGAACAAGGCUGUGAGGGCCAGCAACAGGGCAGAAAUACAGCAUCCAGGCCCCCACUGCCCCUCCACACCAUACCCCCUGAUUGCCAGGAAAACAGACCACCAUGUUUAAACUCCCUGGUGACUAGGAACACACCCUCCUGGCUUCAAAUGCAUUCAGGAUGCCACCUAUUUGCUUCCUAGCAAAACCCAACACCCUUUCUCUAGCACCCACCUUGUCCCUCGUCCCUCCUUCCUCCUCCUUAACCCUACACCCCGCCAAACACUCUUUCUCAGCUCCUCACACUCCUCUCUCCCUGUCCAUCCCCCCCUUUCUCCUUUCCCUCUUUCUAAGAGGACAAAACAGCAACAGCAAAAAAUACGUUAACCUAGCGUCACGCCCUCACCAGCUUGGCCAGCAAACUUGAACUGGCACAACCCUGACUUCCAGUUAGGCCCACACUUCUUAGAACCGCCCACUUCUCUUGUUGGCAGAGCCAGGUGUCCUGGGGCUGGGCCAGCUGCUGGUGCUGCCCCAGGCACAUGGCAGCCUCCUGUGAGCUGCAUAGACACCUCAUAGAUGACAUCCUCAGCCCCUGGGCUCCCCGAGUAGGUGCAAACAGUAUUUAGAAACCAGAGCUCUGGGUUGGGGGGGGGGCUCUCCAAUGCCCCCAGCCUUUCCCCUCCCUCUGCUCUUAGUUAAAUGAGCUGCACACUAUCCGCAUCCCUGGCACUCUUCAACUCUGCUUCUCUGACUCUCUGGAGUCCUGUCUCUCACUUAGAAUCGCCUUGAAUCUCUCUUGUCUGUGGCUCUGGCCCAGUUUCUCUCUUGCACCCUCUUCACCAAGUUUGUCUGGAAAAUAAAAUACCAUCAUAAAUCUGAAGCUUCAGAAACUGACAGAUCCUGAUGCCAAAGGCCACUGUUCCAUCAGGAACCAUUCAUCUUUCUUCCUAAAAAAUUAAAAAAUAAUAAUACAAAGGAGGAAAAGGCUGAGCACGAAUGUUAUAAAUGUGAGGCUGGGGUCAGGUAAUCUGCACUGCCCCAUGAGAAAGCCUUGUCUUUUCCCAGUUUCCAUCAUCUUCCCUCGUGAAAAUCACCUCCCUCCGUUUGACAACCCACCCUUGUCUAUAGACGGCAUCAGAUGGACACUAAAGCUCUUCACUUUCUCCAGAUGCACCUUUUAACCUCUCCCAUUUGAUGUCUCCUCCCUCAGCUCCCUGCACAAUUCAUCAGAAGGCUCUGAUUUCUUGCCUUGAAUAACCACCUUCUAAACACCAAGCUCUUCUCCUUCCCCAAGAUGGCCAGUGGCUUCCUGACUGCCCUCUUGCCCCCUGACCAUGUCCCUCCGUCAGUCCCCGUGGCGCCCACUCUCAGCCCACCUCCUUCCCACGGUUUGCCCCUAGGAGAAAGCAUGCUGGCUGCGUUGCUCAAGCCUGACGCUGGUAUUGGCGCUGGAAUCAGCAUGCAGCAAGCUCACAGUGUCCUCUGACAAAUGUAACCACUUCCCUGCCUAGAAUCCACACAUGCUCUCCAGUGCAUGCAAAACCACCCACAGCCUUUCUUUGUGAUGAUGUAGCCAAAAAAUAAAGUAGGAA